UCAUCGUAGCCGCUUGUCGAACGGAGAAAGAGGAACCAACUAUAACAAACACGAGUAUACAGAAAGACAGAGAGAGAGAGAGAGAGAGACACACACACACACGAGGUUUGGAAUCGGUCGAUCGGUUUCGUCGAUCCAAACCUCCGAUGAUUCUUCGCGGAUUCAAGUGUUCGUCGCAGAUCGACGCGCGUUUAGCUUAUCGACUUUGAUGGAUAUUCGAGGGAACUUCCGGCGGAUGUGGCUGGUGGGUUGAUAAACCGGCUGUGCUACCGUGAUAAGGAAUUCUGGAGUGGUCAGGAAGGGAUUCGGAGUGCGCUAGCUGCUCGAUUAAAGAGGAUCGGCACGGUAGAAUGUACAGCUGAUCGGAAUGACGAGACACUUUCUGGUGAUCCUAUGCUGCUACCUGUACACGCUCUUUGACAUGGCGGCCCUACAUUUUCCCGAGGAAAUAUGCGAACCGGUACUUUCCACGGAGGUCGAAGGCUGGCAUAUUAAAGUCGAUAGCCUAUCGUCGAGUACGUUUCGACUUUCGGCGAGAAAACGCGGGUACCGGUUUUUUCCGAAGAUCGCAAGGGAGUCGGACCUCGAGGAGUACGGUAGGAAGGAGGCCUCUUUGUCACUCAGGGACAUCCUGCCGUUGAAUCCGAAGCAGUACGACAAACACAGGGCGCCGAAGUUCCUGGGCCAGCCUACAAUCGUCUACUUUCACGUGACGGUGCUCAGCCUCGACUCCAUAAACGAGGAAUCGAUGACAUACGUUGCGGAUAUAUUUUUGGCGCAAAGCUGGCGGGACUCUAGACUACGACUUCCGGAGAACAUGUCGGAGGAGUACAGAAUAUUGGACGUAGACUGGCUGCACAAUAUCUGGAGGCCCGAUUGCUUCUUCAAAAACGCGAAGAAGGUCACCUUCCACGAGAUGUCCAUACCGAAUCACUAUCUUUGGCUGUACCACGACAAGACGCUGCUUUACAUGUCGAAAUUGACUCUCGUCCUCUCUUGCGCGAUGAAGUUCGAGUCCUAUCCUCACGACACUCAAAUUUGCUCAAUGAUGAUCGAAAGUCUGUCGCACACCACCCAGGACCUAGUGUUCAUCUGGAACAUGACGGACCCGCUGGUGGUGAAUCCCGAGAUCGAGCUUCCUCAGCUGGACAUCUCGAACAACUACACAACCGACUGCACGAUCGAGUACUCGACCGGCAAUUUCACGUGCAUCCAGAUCGUGUUCAAUCUGCGCCGUCGAUUGGGCUAUCACCUGUUCCACACUUACAUACCGUCCGCGUUGAUCGUCGUCAUGUCAUGGAUCGCGUUCUGGAUCAAACCCGAGGCGAUUCCCGCCCGGGUCACUCUGGGAGUGACGUCACUGCUGACCCUCGCGACUCAGAACACGCAGUCCCAGCAAUCACUGCCACCGGUCUCCUACGUGAAGGCCAUCGACGUGUGGAUGUCCUCGUGCAGCGUGUUCGUGUUCCUGUCGCUCAUGGAGUUUGCUGUGGUUAAUAACUACAUGGGACCGGUGGCCACCAAGGCCAUGAAGGGCUACUCGGACGAGGAUCUAAGAGAGGCCAUCGACGAAUUCAAAACACCCAUGAGGAACGAAUCGGAGAGAAGCAGAAGUCCCGUGAGACCUGCAACCGUGCAAUACGACACCUGCUGCCAGGGUCGGGCAACAGCGAUCUACAUCGACAAGGUGUCCAGAUUCUUCUUCCCGUUCUCAUUCCUCAUCCUGAACGUCGUCUACUGGAGCACCUUCCUGUAGGAGGCCUGCCCUUCUCUCGCAGGAGGACGAACACGGAAACGAAGAUCGCUGGAUCGUCGACGGUCUCCAACGAUGUCUUUCGUUCGAUCUUUGUUAAUCAUUUCGAUUAAACCAAAUGAAACUCCAUAGACGAACGAAAUAAUGAUAUUAUACGAUUCGUUACUUGGAUAAAUCGUCAAGGAAACUUCGGUUUUCGCCGGGCAACCAGAAAUUUAGCUUUGGUCGUUCGACGGAACGCAUCGAACGAUUAACAAGAAUCGAACGAGCCGGACGGUUUUUCUACGACGAGAUAGUCCGCUAGAAAGAAUUUUCAGUGUCUUUUAUAUAAUAUAGAGAACACGCGCCGUCAACGGUUCAUUAAUCGUAAGAGCAUCUUAACAAUUAAGUCGCAUUAAGGUUCCUCCAAAGAGCAUAUCGAAUCGAACGAUCACGUACUCACCCGUUUGGGCGAUCCACGGGAGCGGCGUUCACCUUCGACGCGGAUCGCAUCUGUAUCACGUUGAACAAUCUCUUAAGACCCGUUCGCUCACCGCGAUUGAUCGUUCAAUUUGGCCGGUCUCUUCGGUUACUUGCUCUUGUCUGCUCGAGUUUUGCUACGAUAGAUACACUCGAUGAUAUUUCCCGCGAAACGUUCUCGCGCACAGCCUCGCGUUUCCUCGGUAUCUCGUCGCACUUUAGAAUAAUGAAAGCCUUUAAAAUAAUAAAAUAAUUCUACGAACGUUGAUUACCUGCACACAAAGUAGAGGAGCGAUAAAAAAUGUAAAAGUAUUUCAAGAUCGUCGAAAGAAUUCUUUCAUGCAGAAACGUUGUUUUCGUAAAGUGGAACGAUUGAAAAUUGAUAAAAAUACGAUAGCUUUACAGAGCUUCGACAUGCAAUCGCUUUGAAUAUCACAAACGAAAAAGGCAGUGCUGUUCGCGUGAACGUUCGAUCGUGAUUACAUCUUCGCAGAACAGUUUUACUCGUUGUGUGUGAUCGCAGAAUUUAAGGACAAAUAAACGGACUAUUAAUACGUAGACACGAGCCCUGCUACCUGCGACGAAUCGUUUGCCCCGUUGCGAAA